AUGUUUUCUAUUGGUGAAAUCCUGGGGAUUGCCUACCUGUUGCAGACUAUAAUUGGAGUUCUAGGAAACUUUUACCUCAUUUAUCAUUACUGUUUUCAUUUUGAAAUUCAGAAAAGUCCCAGACGCAUACACCUAAUUUUCAUACAACUCUCUUUUGCCAAUGCCAUGUUUCUUCUCUGUAGGGGGAUACCCAUGACAAUAUUUUCUUGGGGAUGGAAAUUUUUUCUAAAUGAUGUUGUAUGCAAAAUCAUAACUUAUCUGCAGAGAGUAUUCCGUGGCCUUUCCAUUUGCAGUACCUCCCUAUUAAGUGUCUUCCAGGCUGUGGUCAUAAGCCCAAGCAGCACCAAGUGGGCAAUUCUGAAAGUCAAAUUGCAUAAGAGCAUGGCUCCCUGCUGUAUUCUCUGCUGGAUCCUAAAUCUCUUAAUAGAUGCUGCUCUUCCUAUUUAUGUCAGUGGUCCUGGGAAUAUCACAAAGAACAAAUGGAAGAACAAAGUUAGAUAUUGCUUUAUGGACACAUAUAACAUGGAUCGAUUAAAAUUUCAAUACUUGAUUGCUUUUUAUGAUUUUAUUAUUGUGGCUGUCAUGACUGUUAGUAGUGCAUACAUGGUGUUUGUCCUGUACCAACAUCGGCAGCAAGUCCAGCAUAUUCAUAGCACCAAAGUCAACCUCAGAGCCUCCCCUGAGAUCAGGGCCACUAAAGACAUUCUUUUGCUGGUAAGCAUCUUCUUCUUCUUCUUCAACUCAGCAUGUGCUAUCAUUGCUAUUUAUAUAGAUUAUUUUAAGAUAUCUGCAUCUUGGCAACUCUAUGUUCCUAUGUUUCUGUCUAUGUCUUUUCAAGCAAUCAGUCCUUUUGUACUGAUAAGAAGUGAAACCUGGUCCCUUUGGAAAUUCUGUUGCUCAAUCCAAGGAAUAAAACAUUCAUGUGCUAUACCCUUAUCCAUGGUAUCAUGCCAAAGACAUGCAGAGCCCCCAAAAUGA